CAGUUUUUCCUGAAGUGAGGGGCAGAGGACGGGCGAAGCGAAUAAGUGCCACAUUGCCAGUGCCAAGCCGUAAUUGAAAGUAGGCUCCCUUGAACGUAACCAUACUUUCAAGCACACAAAGUUCCAGUUCCGGAGUCAUUGUAUUGUACUGUUGAAAGUAAUCCGGUCUUGGUUUUAUAUCAGUACAAUAUCAACCAGGUGUCGGCUUAUCUGACGGAUUAAGAGGCCAGAGAUCCAACAUGAGCUCGGCCACGAGUUUGUCGUUCAUUCCGGUGUUGUCCCGACUGAGUCCGUUGGUGAUCCGAGUCUUGGGUUGCAAUCCGGGUACCAUGACCCUCCAGGGCACCAACACCUAUCUGGUCGGGCAUGGACCUCAACGCAUCCUCAUCGAUACGGGUGAUGGUCAGAAGCCGGAAUACAAUCAAGCCUUGUCCAAGAUUUUGCGAGAAGAGCGAGCCGGCAUCCACUCUAUUAUUCUCACCCAUUGGCAUUUGGAUCACGUCGGAGGACUAGCUAACGUUCUAAAACAGGCGGGAGACUCAUGUCGCGUCUUCAAGUUCCCACGCGUUGGGGAUUCUUUAGAAGUGACCUCGCGAGCCUCGCCCAUAACCGAUCGUCAGACUUUUGCCGUGGAGGGUGCCACACUAACCGCUUGGCACACACCCGGACACACCGUGGACCAUGUGGUCCUUCAUCUUCAGGAGGAGAACGCCCUUUUCAGUGGCGAUUGUAUCUUGGGCGAAGGCACGGGCGUGUUUGAAGACUUAUAUGAAUACAUGAACAGUCUGAGUCGCAUUGCAAAACAGAAACCCGCCCUCAUUUACCCCGCCCAUGGAGCAGUCAUUCCGGAUCCAGUACACAAAAUCCAGUAUUACAUUCAGCAUCGAAAAGAGCGCGAGGAACAAAUUUUGGCCGUAUUGGCGGAUGAAAAUCAGGUGGGAGGCUUCACUCCUUUAGAUUUUGUUAAGCGGAUCUACAAGACAACGCCAGAAAAGUUACACGAUGCGGCAGCCAAAAAUGUAUCACAACACCUGAGCAAAUUGGUCAAAGAAGGUCGAGUCAGAAAGGUCACGGAUUCAGCCAACGGGUUUGAGCUAGCCCAGCCCCAUUAGGUCAAUUCAAUGGCUAGCUCAAGUUAGUGUGUUUUGAGAAACAUAGCCCAGUUUAUGUUGCAUGAAAUAAAGGCAUUGCCCGAAA